GGGCUAUUGGGUUUAUCUUUUAUACAGGAAAUUCCGCACUGACGGACCAGGGGUGGUGCUUUGCGAUGGGUAUACAAUAAGUGGGGCUGGGUAUCUCAUAACCGGUCACACAACAUAAAUAAUUCGUAUAAAGUUGUAGGUAGGGUGUGUUCAAAAUUUGUAAAAAUGGGGUAGUCCCAACCUACCCUUGAUCCUUAGGGGUGGUGAGGAAAACAUUUUAAACUGCGAUAAAGAUCCCUUCCAGUUCUCUCCACCUCUUGUCUCUUCAUAUCGAAACGUCAAAAAUCGAAAGGGAAAUCUUUCAAUUUUAAAAACGUUUUCAUCUACUGACUUUUUCGAAGCCGGUAAAAAGCUUAUAUUUUGGUGGGUACUUUCAGCUAUUUAAGGUGGGUACUAGCCGGUUGGAAGCAGUCGGUCAAAAUAAUAAUGGAUAAGUACCAAUUCCCGCUUUUAGACCAGAAUAAAGGUAAGCUAAUGUCAAUUUGUUUCGAUGAAAUUUCUAGUGAGGUAAACGAUUUUCGAAUGAUCAUCGAGCUAAUUAAUUUUUGAGCAUGGCGAUUUCCAGCGAAAGCAAGGAACAAAGCUACUAUGUAUGAAAGACAUCAAAAGAAGCUUCAGUGAGUGAGAAUGAGCAAAAAACCCUAUUGCUGUAUGAGAGAUAGGCUGAGGAAGGUUAUCAUGGGUGAAAAUGCAGUCUGGAGACACGCUGAACUCUGCAGUAAUUGCAGCCACAGCAUAGCUCCGGGACAAGGAGUUCAGAAAGUGAAGGAGAGAGCUGCCAUGAGUAAUGUUCGAGAAGAGAUAAAAGAACAGAAGAAAAAUAGCGUGCGCGAGGAAGGCAGAAAUGAUGGAGGAGAAAUAUUACCAAUCGUUGGAUCGGAAUACCACGCGUACUUACAGCUGCAAACCUCGAUCUGACUAAAGGCAAACUUUUUAGGAACGUGUAGGAACGUGAUACAUCACUGAUGCAUACCUGGUGAUUUGCGAAAAGACAACAAAGAACAAAAAUAAAUGGAGACAUUCGAAAGACAUCGAGUUCAACUAUGGUCAAACAACAUAGAUACGAUACAUGAAAGAAAGACUUGCAAUGAAAUGCAAGCACAGAAGCUGAAUUCGGAAUACAUCAUGUGGGGAGCAACUUAUUUUCAAAUCGUUUUGAACAUUGAAGUGAGAAUCAAAUAGCUCCAAAUUCAAUUUUCUUUGAAGUUUUCAUGUUGCUAAAUCAAGCACUGAACUUCACACCAAGCCACAAGCACGAAGAAAAGGAGGAAGCUCGAGAAAUACGUACUGAAUUUCAUGUUGUGCAUACGACAAAUUGUUUUGAAUUGGAGUGAUGUUCCUUUUGUACCCAUACGCAUGUUUGCGGUUAUUGGAUAGUUUCUUGUGAGAAGUGUUGAUGAAAAGGAGAAACACAACGAAUCUGAGAUAUGCUCCCUUGUGUCAUGCCAUGUUUGAAUGAAGGUAAGUCUCGAUCGAUUCUAAUUCAGUCACAAUGGUGGAUUCGCCAGGAAAGCUCAUUACAUGGUAUGCAUUGAACCCGCAAGAACUC